CAUCUCAUCCAUCACUUCCUUUGACACUCAACCCCCCUUCUCAAGUUCUACAUCCGCUGAUCCCCUCUCUCCAAGCCCCCACCCCCGACCAUCCCACCAAACAAUGGCCACCUCCCACCCCAAACUCAAGUACACAUCCUACCAAACCCCCGAGUUCCUAGCCAACUACUACAUCGCCGAGAAACUCACCGGCCCCUUCGCCACAUCUCUGAUCGAACACUCCCGCAUCGCAGCGCGAGCCCGAUCCGGGAACCCACGCGUGAUCCUCGACAACGCCUGCGGCCUGGGCAUCGUCGCCAGCACGCUGAACCGCACACUGGACGACGAGAGCAGGAGGCGCUGGAGCUUGACUUGCGGCGAUCUGAGCGAUACGAUGAUCGAGGCCACCCGGCAGCGCAUCGAGCGGGAGAGAUGGCCUAAUGCGGAAGCGAAGGUGGUGAAUGCGCAGAGCACCGACUUUCCGGACGAGUUGUUUACCGAUGUAUUCGCGGCUUUCGCCUUCACCUUGUUUGCGGAUCCAGAGGCGGCGAUGAAUGAAUGCUAUAGGAUCCUGAAGCCGGGGGGAACGCUGGCGACGACGACCUGGAAAUACGCGACCUGGAUGUCUCUCCUCCGAUCCGCUGUCACCGGAAUGUCUGAGGACCUGAAGUUCCCAACCGUAGAGGAGUUCCUGGCUAUGCAUAACGUUGGCUGGGAUUCGGAAUCGUUCGUAAGGUCCCAGUUCGAGAAGGCGGGGUUCAAAGAGGUUCGGGUGACCUCUGUGACGGAAGAGGUCGAGGUUCCGAUUUCUGAAUUUGUGCAGCUCUCACGGAGUAUGCUGAAUUUGGUGAAGGAAAAGUUGUGGACGCAGGAACAGCGAGGGCGGUAUCAGGCGGAAGCACCAUUGGCGGUGCAGAGGUAUCUGGAAGAGAGAUUCGGGGUAGACGGCCUAGUAAAUAUGGGGCCGUCGGCUGUUGUUGCGGUGGGAAGUAAGUGAAGAGUAUUGAGGGAGGUUUACCUAUGAAUCUCCAAUCUACAAUAUAAUGUGUGCAUAUUAUAGUCACCAAGAACCGAACUUCAGAUCAUCGGAGUCAU